AUGAAGGUGGUAGAGGAGGUCCAAGACCUUUUGGAAGAUUCAGUAAAGGCCAAAGACAGUAUGGUCAAAGAGAGUAGAAGUUUAGAUGAGGGUUCAAUUAUCAUAACGACGGUGACCUCCUCCAUCUCUUCCACCGCCUCUUGGCUCCAAUCCCUGAUCCCCAACCUUUGCAAUCUCCAAACCCUGAUUGUCGGCCUUGACUUUUAUCGAAGCAUAAUGGGGACAGGAACUCGCAGGCCUUCUCCACUGCCCACCACCUUCCAUGAAAUCGACUUCGCCGGCAGAGUCAUCGUGAUGACGUGCCUCAUUCUCCAACUUCAACACAUGGAUUCUAUUCUCCAUAUCCUCAGAGACUUCCUUUCUGAUCCCUCAAUCUCAUUCAUCGGAGUUGGGAUCAUGGCUAAUGUUUCUAAGCUUUUGGAUGAUUAUGAUCUCCAAUGCGGCAACCCUGGCAGUGGUGGCGGCAAUCACCCAGAGAAGAUGCUGCUAACGUGGCAUCUUCUUUGUUGA